GGUUACUGUGCCGUUACCCGAGAAGAUGGUUGGUCCACCGAAAUCAACUCUUCCACUGGCUGUUUGGAUUGUAAAAUUCCCUGCUGAUUGACCACAUGAGGGCCGCCUGUGGAUGCACAGAAUGCGUGGGCGUUCUUGGAUACGACGACAGUUUUUCGGGUAGAGAGUUGGGGACAUAAAACUAAGAUCUUCCAAAAACUAUGGGGUCAGUCGGUUGACAACGGCGCUCCAGGAUGGACAAAUCUGUGGUUUUGGUGGUUUUGGUGGCAGUUUUGGUGAAGCAAUGUUUGGGACAAAACUUGCUGGCGGCCUACAACAAUUGCCGGGCCGAGUACAAUGCUGACCAGGAGACGUUCAACGCCAUCAAGAACGGGGACUUCUCGAUACGAACGCCAUUGGUUGAGUGCCUGGGAGAGUGCGUCGUUAAGAAGGUUGGCUUUAUGAACGAUGAUUUAAGCUUCAACAAGGACAUCAUCGUGAAGUUCGUGAGUCGGUUCCUCAAGCCGGAGCACUCGGAAGAUAUUUACACCAAGUGUACGCAAGAUGUCGCCCCGGUGCUGUGUGCCACGGCGUAUGAGGUUUACCAGUGCGUUUACGAGAACGCAGUGGCUAAGUGGGGCACCAGACGACGAGGUUAAUUGUUGAAUAGCAUAGGAAAAUAUUGUUUUUGGUAAAUAAAGUUUACUAAAAACAUAAA